AUUUUUAUUUUUUCUUUUCUUUUUUUCACAACAGAGAAUAUAUAUAAAAAAACAAGUAAAAAUAAAACACAAAAACCUCAACAAAAUGCGUUCCGUCACCGCCAUACUAGCCCUCGCCGUCACGGCCGCCCUGGCGGCGCCCGCGCCCAAGCCCGCGAGCAUGACGGAGCUCGACGCCGCGCUCAAGGCCCUCGAGGUGAACGCGCCCGCCGACGCCGACGCCAUCGCGCACGGCGGCCACCUCCCCAGCAAGCGGCAGGACGAGGUCGCCGCCGCGCUGGCCAGCCUCGCCGCCAACGACCCGGCCGAGGCCGCCGCCGUCGAGGCCGCCCUCAAGAACGGCCAGGCGCCGCAGCCGACCCCGUCCCUGACCAAGAGGCAGACUCCCGCCGAGAUCCAGGCCGCGCUUGAUGCGCUGCGGUCCAACGACCCGGCCGAGGCCGACGCCGCCCAGUCUGGCAUCGCGGGCAUGAUGCCUGCAGCCCCGACGCCGGCUCCCAAGCCUGCGGCGGCGAGGUUGGUCUCGCGGUCCGAGGAUGACAUCGGCGGUGCGGUCAUGGGUCUCAUGGAGUCCAACCCUGAGGAUGCGCACCAGCUGCUCAAUGAUGCCGAGGUGACGAGGCAGAAUGGGGACGAUUCGCCUGACCAGCCACCCACGCCGGGUGAGGAGGAGGAGUGGUCGGAUAAGCCUGCGCCCCCUCCGGGAUUGUAA